UUCUGAUCAGGACAAGCACCAAGCUCAACCGAGGACAUGGCACCAGCAAAGAAGGCCAAGAGAAAGGCAGCAGAAGGUGGAUCUUCCAAUGUGUUGUCCAUGUUUGACCAAACCCAGAUCCAGGAGUUCAAGGAGGCUUUCACAGUGAUUGAUCAGAACAGAGACGGCAUCAUUGACAAGGAAGACCUGAGGGACACAUUCGCAGCUAUGGGCCGCCUGAACGUGAAGAAUGAAGAGUUGGAAGAGAUGGUCAAAGAGGCAUCUGGCCCCAUCAACUUCACCGUCUUCCUGACCAUGUUCGGCGAGAAGCUCAAGGGUGCUGAUCCCGAAGACGUUAUCACUGGGGCAUUCAAGGUGCUUGAUCCUGAGGCCAAAGGAUCCAUCAAGAAGCAGUUCCUUGAGGAACUCCUUACCACACAGUGUGACAGAUUCACCCCAGAGGAGAUCAAGAACAUGUGGACAGCGUUCCCCCCUGAUGUUGCUGGCAACGUAGACUACAAGAACAUCUGCUAUGUCAUCACCCACGGAGAGGACAAAGACCAGGAAUAAACAGGCCCAGUCUUGCCCUCCUGAUGGAGGGGGUGCGCCAUCACGCCCAGCACCAACCUUGCUGUAUAUUGCGUCUUAUUUUAUAAACUCAUCCCAUCAGAGACACAACUGUAAUUUAUUUCUUCUAGGGGUGGUCUGAAAGGGGACCCCUCUCUGUUGUUCUUGUCCCCUUUCUCGCUGUCCCUUUCCCUCCUCUUUUACCCUCCCUCACAUUUCGCUCUUUGAUGUCUUAAACUGGAACUCUGGAGCCCUCAAGGGAAGAACAAUAAAGUCAACUUUUUAUUCAAAA